AUGGCAUAUGCAGACACACCAGAAAACGCGAUCUCUGUUAUCAAGCAGCGAACGGCACUGAUGAAUCGGUGUCUUUCUCAACACAAACUUAUGGAAUCACUGCAGCACACUUCAAUAAUGCUGACAGAAUUGAGAAACCCGAACUUGUCGCCCAAAAAAUACUACGAAUUGUACGUUGUAGUUUUCGACUCAUUAACCAAUCUGUCCACCUAUCUCAUAGAAAACCAUCCCCAAAAUCACCAUUUAGCUGAUCUUUAUGAACUGGUCCAGUAUACCGGUAACGUGGUGCCCAGGCUUUACUUGAUGAUCACCGUCGGGACAAGCUACCUGGCAUUCAACGAUGCCCCGAAGAUGGAGAUUUUAAAGGACAUGAUCGAGAUGUGUCGUGGUGUACAAAACCCAACUAGAGGCCUUUUCUUGCGCUAUUAUUUGUCUCAAAGAACCAAAGAGCUUCUGCCUGAGGACGACUCCUUGUUCAACUCUCAGUUCAUCAUGAACAAUUUCAUUGAGAUGAACAAACUGUGGGUAAGACUACAGCACCAGGGCCCAUUGCGCGAGAGAGAAUCAAGAACUCGCGAGAGGAAAGAACUGCAGAUUUUGGUCGGGUCCCAACUGGUUCGCCUGUCCCAAAUCAUUGAUGACAAUUUCCAAAUGUACAGGCAGGACAUCCUGCCCACCAUCUUGGAACAAGUCAUUCAAUGUAGGGAUUUGGUAUCCCAGGAGUAUCUCUUGGACGUCAUCUGCCAGGUGUUCACGGACGAGUUCCAUUUGAAAACUUUGGACACUUUGCUGCAGACCACUUUACAUUUAAACCCUGAUGUCUCGAUAAACAAAAUCGUGCUCACUUUAGUCGAUAGGUUGAACGAUUACAUCACAAGACAACAGGAGGAAGAGCCAAACGCCACCACCGCAAAUGCGUACCUGGAUAUGGACGUGUUCGGUACCUUCUGGGAUUACUUGACCUUGUUGAAUCAUGAAAGACCCGAUCUUUCGUUACAGCAGUUUAUUCCCCUAAUCGAAAGUAUAAUCGUUUUAAGCUUAAAAUGGUAUCCUGACAAUUUCGAAAAUUUAAACAAACUAUUCGAACUGGUUUUGCAAAAGACUAAAGAUUAUGGCCAAAAAAAUAUCUCGCUGGAAUCAGAGCAUUUAUUCUUGAAUCUAUUAUCUUUUCAAAAUAACAAACUCCAGAUGUCCUCCUCGUCCACAGCGUCUUCUAACCAAUCCAUCAUUUCCAAGAAACAUUUUAUUUUUCAAUUGAUCUCUAAAUGUCAGGCAUAUAAGAGUAUUCUGGCCUUGCAAAACAUCACUUUACAAAAGAAAGUCGUCAAUAAGAUUCUAGACAUAUUGAUGGAUGCUGACACUGACGAAUUAACGGAUAACGAACCUGAAUCAAAGUUGCAUUCCUCUUCACGGGACAAAUCUCAUCUAGUCAUUGAAGAUAAAUUACAAGUGCAACGCUUACUGUCGAUCUGCGAACCUUUAAUAAUCUCAAGAAGUGGACCUCCUACAAACGCUACCUCCUCUGAGACAAACAUCGAUGAAGUAUUUUUCAAUAGACACGACGAAGAAGAAUCGUGGACCUUGGAUCCAAUACAAGAAAAAUUGGCACACUUGAUCCAUUGGAUAAUGAACACCACUUCACGGAAACAAACAGAGGAAAGCAAAAUUCAAUUCAGCUUAGAAGCACAAUUGGAAAUAUUACUACUUAUCAAGUCCUCAUUUAUUAAGGGCGGCAUCAAUGUUAAAUACACCUUCCCGGCAAUAAUUACGAACUUUUGGAAAUUGAUCAGAAAAUGCCACAUGAUACUUCAGUAUCUCCUGAAGAAAAGGGCCGACAACAAGACAUUGUCAUCUCAUUAUUCCAAUCUUUUGAAACAGAUGUUCAAAUUUGUUUCGCGGUGUAUCAAUGACAUUUUCAAUUCAUGCAACAACUCGUGCACAGAUCUGAUUCUGAAAUUAAAUUUGCAAUGUGCUACAUUGGCUGACCAAUUGCAACUAGGCGAAAUUUCAUACGACUUUUUCUCGCAAGCCUUUACAAUAUUUGAAGAAUCUUUAAGUGAUUCAAAGACCCAGUUACAAGCUUUGAUCUAUAUCGCUCAAUCUUUACAGAAGACAAGAUCUCUUUACAAGGAGACUUAUUACGAUUCACUGAUUGUCAGAUGUACACUACACGGGUCCAAAUUAUUGAAGAAGCAAGAUCAAUGUCGCGCUGUUUAUUUAUGUUCACACCUUUGGUGGGCAACGGAAAUUUCAAAUAUUGGCGAAGAAGAAGGUAUCACUGACAAUUUUUUCAGGGACGGUAAAAGAGUAUUGGAAUGUCUACAAAGAUCUCUUCGCGUGGCAGAUUCCAUAAUGGAUAAUGAACAAAGCUGUGAAUUAAUGAUCGAAAUCUUAAACAGAUGUCUUUAUUAUUUCAUUCAUGGCGACGAGGCUGAAACUCAUAUAUCUAUGAAAUACAUCAAUGGCUUGAUCGAACUGAUUAAAACAAACCUAAAAUCGCUCAAACUUGAAGACAACAGUACUUCUAUGAUGACAAACUCAAUGAACGACCUGCACAUCACCGGAGAUAGUAAUAUCAAGUCCAACGUCAAUCCGGAAGACGGAUCUGGAAUCGCCGAUAAGGACACUAACGUUGCCGUUGGGUCAGAUGGCACAUAUAUCCAACUGAACACAUUGAACGGAUCUUCUACAAUAAUACACGGAAUAGUAGCAACCGCUUCAGGUAGCAAGUUGUUGCACCAACUAAAGUAUAUUCCGAUUUACCAUUUCCAACGUACUUGCGAAUAUAUCGAGGGCCAAAGGGAAGUUGAUGAUCGAUUCAAAGUCAUAUAUGUAUAG